GGCCGACAGGGGCCAGCUUUCAGUAUAACCUGCCUGACCUCCAUGUGCAACUGCCCGCAACUUCCACCACCAAACCACCUUCUACGACACCAUCCUCCUUGAGGUCUAUUCCGGCAACGAAUUCACAGCCUGCUUUAAGAUCACACUGGGAUACGCGACACCUCAAUUGGCUUUAACAGCGACCGCCGGACAGUCUGGCUUGGCCUGACUGUCACCCCACCUACAUCCCAAUCCGCCCGCAUUCCAAAAAAAUGUCCAGGUGGCGCCUCUAAGAGAGCGAACGUGCAAUGUCAUUCACAAACGCGCCGGUAACGCGCACAUUGGUGGUGGGAUUGGUUGGCUCAUCGAUAGCAGCCAGCCUUCUCGACAUAAAACACUAUUUCUAUAUAUCCAUCGGCACCCAUAUUCUACGAUAUCACCAGUUAUGGCGGGUCCUGGCGUACCAGCUAUGCUAUCUCAACUCAUCCGAGGUCCUGUUUGGGGCAAUGGCUCUAUACAAUAUGAGAACUAUUGAGCAGCGGUGGGGCUCAAGAAAAUAUGCCUCAUUCAUCCUCGUCACCGCACUCUUCACCUCGAUCGUGCCACCGCUUAUACUGACGGCAUUCCUCAGGCCAUUGAGUUUUGGCGUGCUAGAUUUCCUACCUGCCGGCCCAACACCGAUCAUAUUUGCGAUUCUGGCUCAAUACCAUGCCAUGAUCCCACACAUGUACAAGUACAAGGUGGCGCUGGCUACGGGGCCACCAACUGGCCAGGACUCGGCAGCGCUGACCUUCUCAGACAAGUCAACCAAAUACAUGAUGGCAGGGCAGCUGGCCAUGUCCCAGUUCCCGGGCUCCCUUCUUGGUGCCGUGGUGGGCUGGCUCGUUGGAUACGCCUGGCGCAAUGAGGCCCUACCUGGGGUUUUGACUCGCUGGCGGGUUCCUGGUUGGGUUGUUGGUAUGAGAGGUCAGAAGACCAAUGCCGAGUUUGAGAAUAUGAGAAGGCGGCUGGAAAGUGAAGGGGCCUCAACUGGCACAGCUUCUGGUAUCCAGCAACAACAAGCUGGCCCAACUGAAGGCAACAACAGACGGAGGACGAUGGGCCAGCAGCUCAUCGACGAAGUUCGCGGUGCAUUUUAA